GUAUCUCUGGCGGGUAGGAUAAUAACAAGGUCGGCUAAGGCGUGAAUGAUUAAGUUCAGCGUCACGUGUUCUGUGAAUGAUACCUUACGCUUAGGAGUAUUAUCAGAAACCGCAAAUAAAGCAAGUCUUAAUACCCCAGGAUGUUUAUUGUAUACAAGAUAUGGGAGUGUACCUUUUCUUUCACCUGAUAUAUACGAAGGAAUCAGCCUAAUACCAGGAUUUUCCUUUGCAUCCAUGAACUACAUAGCAGAACGUAAAUCAACCCUGUUGAAAUAUGGCCGUGGUCUUGCUGAGUUCGGUGCUUUGGGGAAACGUAAAGCUAUUUUGUUCCAGUCUGAUCCAACCAAUUCGUCUCAUGUAGCAGCAGCCGCUAAGUCCUCGGUUCCUGUGUGGGCAACAGGAGGUCGUCUACAGUUGUCCAUAGCCGAAUACGCUAAAUGUGUCUUAAUGGCCUCUCCUGUAGCAUAUCAAGCACCAACAGACAAUGAGACGUUUAUUUUGGAUAAAAAUCCAACACCUAAACGAUGUAAAAAUUCGGUGGUUAGAACUGCAGGAUACUUAAGGAGAUUGAUUGAAGAACACUCUUUGGAAGAGGAACUCACGAAAACAUCAUUGCUGGUUUCAAUUGCUGGUGGUCAUGAUCUUGAGUUUCGUCUUCGAUCGAUUGCUGAUAUAGAUUUCUCAAUUUGUUCAGGUGUAGUUAUUGAUGGACUCCUGCGAAAUCUACCAGUAUCUGCUGUUGAAGUCAAGGAUAUCGACAAUGAAGAUAAAAGUCUGAUCGACUUUUUGACAACUACUCUACCAAAACUAUUUGCUCAUAUUCCAAGUCAUUUACCUCGCUUUAUUACACAAAUCUGGCAACCGUAUGAUAUUGCCUUAGCAGCUCGUUCAGGCUGUGAUAUAUUCGAUGGCAGUCUACCCUACAGACUUAGUCGUAGUGGAAUUGGUUGGAUUUAUGAAGAUUGGAAUGAUGAUGCUAGCGGUCAGUUGGAUGUCGGGUCUAAACGCAGAUUUCUAGUAUUUCCUUUUGAAGAAGACAAAGAACCUAUUCAUCAACUGAGUGAAAGUGAACAAUUCUUGCCUAUCCAGCCGGAAUGCGCGUGUUAUGCUUGUUCGCAUCAUACACGUAUCUACAUAUCGCAUUUACAUAUUGCUCAAGAAAUGUUAGCACCAAUGCUGUUAAUGAUUCAUAAUUCUCAUCAGUAUUAUCGUUUCUUUUCUGAUCUUCGUCGAUCGAUAUCAUUGAAUAAAAUUGAUGCCUUCAUCAGUCAUGCUACAAAAUGGAUAUUUCCGCAUCACUUAGUAAUGCUUGAUAAAACAAAUGAAUUCAACAAAAACAUCGGGGAAUACGGACAAUAAUGAUGAUGAUGAUGAUGAUGAUGAUGAUGUGUAAACUGUAUACCUUCCAAUCUUUUCAUCUCAUGUACAUAGUCUCAUUUUCUCAUUUUGCUCUCUGGGUAUUUUUUGUUUGUUUGUAUUUUUAGUGUUGGAACAAUAUCCCCGUCGUCGUUGUUAACUCUCUGCCCAUCAUACUAUUUUUUUUUAUAUUUUAGCUUUAUAAUGACUGUAGAAUAAACUUUCUGUUUUAC